AUGACCAUCUUAGUUCCUAGAGACUGUCGCUGAAUUCUCAAAGAGGGUAGAAAUGGCCCUGGUUUUUUAGAUGACCAUACAUGUAUAUGAUGUAGCAGUUUCCCCGAGACUAGCCAUGCUGGUUAGACUUUUACAGGAGUUGGGGGUUUAGAGAAAGAUGUUAAUUUUAAAAAAGCUAAUGUAAUUUAUUGUGCAUUGUAACCAUAUAUCUCCAGCUUGACAUAAAAAUGUAGAACUGAACUGUUGCAGUGUUAUUCCUGAGUAAAAGAUGACUGGAACUCAGAUGAUUAACAUUGGUGUGCUAGAGGUACAAGGUGCCUUCUUAGAACACAAGAUAUCCUUGGUAAGAGCAGCUCGAGAACUAAAUGACGUCAUCGUCAACGUCACUGAAAUACGGAAUCCCAGCCAUAUCACCAAUGAUCUUCAUGGCAUCAUAAUACCCGGAGGAGAAAGUACAACGAUUAGUUUGUUUCUAAAGAGAAAUGAAAUGGAGGAACCAUUAAGGUCGUGGGUAAAAGGAAAUGGUCAUAUUACAUGGGGAACAUGUGCUGGAAUGAUCUUAUUAGCUAAAGAAACAGAACAUCAGAAACAAGGUGGACAAGUAUCACUGAGAUGCAUGGAUACUAUCGUUUCUAGGAACUAUUUUGGCAGACAGAUAAACAGUUUUGAAGCAGAUCUGACAGUAACUGAUUCAGAUUUAAUUUCGACACCAGGAUGCAUAUCUGAUCUGUUCCACGGAGUUUUCAUCCGUGCACCUGCUAUUAUAAAAACAACAAGUGAUGAUGUUAAAGUACUAGCAACGUUACAAAGGGAAGACAGGUCUGCUGUAAUCGUGGCAGCAAAACAAGGGAAUCAACUCUGCACAUCAUUCCAUCCGGAGUUAACAGAAGAUACCCGGUGGCAUAGAUAUUUUAUUCAGAUGGUUCUGAAAAGCUUAAAUUCAAUUAAUACAUGAUGUUCUUUUAUUUAGCAAUCCUCGUCGGAAACCUCGAGACUGUUCUAUCGAGUUUAUAUAAUAGGCUAACUCGCGAUUUAUUUUUUUGCAUUUCUCCACCAUUUUGU